AUGAGGUUUUCUACCCUCUCUGUUGGGCUUCUUGCCCUGGUGACGCCUCUCGUGUCAGCAUGGAGCAAAGAAGACCACGAGAUCUUCCGCUUGCGUGACGAGAUUAUGACCCACGAAGGUGCCAACAUAACCUUUUACGACUUCGUCGGUGUCACGCCCUCGGCCUCACAGGAUGAGAUCAAGCGCGCCUACCGUAAGAAGUCCAAGACGCUUCACCCCGACAAGGUCAAGGCGCAACUCAAUUCCCGUACCGCCAAGUCGAACAAGAAGUCGAAGCCCGGCGUCACUGUUACCAAGCCCCCUACCCAGUCGGAGAUCAAGGCUGCCAUCAAAGCUGCAGGCGAGCGACAGACACGCCUGGGUGUCAUUGCCAAUAUUCUCACCGGCGCCGAGCGCGCCCGAUACGAUCACUUCAUGGCCCACGGUUUUCCCACCUGGAAGGGCACGGGCUACUACUAUAGUCGCUACCGCCCCGGUCUAGGUACUGUGCUCAUUGGCGUCUUCCUCGCGGGUGGCGGCGGCUUUCACUACCUUGCUUUGUACAUGGGCUGGAAGCGUCAGCGCGAGUUCAUCGAACGAUACAUCAAGUUUGCCCGUCAUGCUGCUUGGGGGGACAACCUAGGCAUCCCGGGAGUGGAAGCCGGUGCUACAGCACAAGCCCCUACCCCCGAACCGGCCGCCGACGACGAGCAAGGCCCCAUGAUGCCGACAAACCGCAAACAGAGACGUGAACAGGAACGCAUGGCCAAGAAAGAGAACGCCAAGGAAGGCAAGCGUUCCGGCCGUCCUCGAGGUGUCAAGAAUGCUAGCGGCAGUGCUACACCAGUUCCCCAGACACAGCCGAGCAACGGUGCAGGACCUACGGGCGCUAAGAAGCGCGUUGUUGCAGAGAAUGGCAAGAUUCUGGUCGUGGAUUCCCUCGGUGACGUUUAUCUGGAACAAGAAGACGAAGACGGCAAUGUCCAGGAAUUUCUGCUCGACCCGAAUGAGGUCCCUGUUCCCACCAUCCGCGAUACUGCUCUGGUAAGACUGCCUCUAUGGGCCUUUGGCCGCAUUUUUGGAAAGAAGGAUACCGAAGAGGAUGUCAUCGAGGAGCAAGAGAUAGUCGAGGAACUUGUCGACGAUGACUCUGACAUCCCCCAACGCACCCCAAGCAGCACCGACUCGAACGAUGAUUUCGAACUCCUCGACGCUACUUCGCAGAGCAUUCAAGAUCUGGCCAAGGUCAGUGGCAGCAAGCCCCAGGCAAGCGGCAAGGCCAAGAAGAGAAGCAAGAAGCGGUAG